UUGUCAUAAACCAACACAGCACGCGCUCCACACGGCCAAUCAACCAGCUAGCAAAGCAGUCUACUCUACAAUUUGGAUCUUUAUUUACACACAGACAGAUGUAUAUUUGGAAGUCAUAGCAAAGCUAUUCAAUAUCCUUAACAAAAUGGAUUGGCGCACGGGCGAACUAACCUGAAACACCUGAAAAAUUAAAUUAUCGUUCAACUUUAAUGUUGGAUAACAGCGUGGACAGGAUGGUCUGAAGUGUCGCUUUUACUUUCGUAGCUGUUCGAAUCUGGGCGCAAUGUGCGUGUUUGACAGCUGCUGCGCGUAACAGCGUUUCAACUGCACCGCGACUCCUGCUGCGUGUCAACGAGCACCGAUUGUGCCGAGUAUGACCGAGGAGGACAUAAUGACGGCGAUGCGAGGAAAUCUUUCUCAUACGUCAAGUGUUUCGGAGCAAAAGGAUGGCGGACAUACUUCGCAAACAAACGGGGCUACCCCUUCUUCUUCAACGGCAGAGCUCAGCGAGGAUUCUCAGUCCAGUAACGUUACCAGCGAACUCACCCGCACGUGGCUGCAGUUCGCCAAGACCUUCGUUAUCAUCUUCCCUGUAUACGUUCUGGGUUACUUUGAGUUUAGCUUUAGUUGGCUUUUGAUCGCACUCACGAUAUUUUUCUUUUGGAGGAGAAACACAAGGUGUAAGAAUACGAGACUAAACAGGGCGCUCUCCUUUUUUGAGCAAGAGGAUACUGUUAAACAAGAGCUGGAAGCAACUGACUUACCAUCAUGGGUUCAUUACCCAGAUGUGGAGAGAGUUGAGUGGCUAAAUAAGACGGUGAAACAGAUGUGGCCUUAUGUGUGUCAGUUUGUGGAGAAGGUGUUUAAAGAAACUAUCGAGCCAGCCAUCAAAGAAGCCAGUUCCCACCUCAGCACGUUCAGCUUCAACAACAUUGAUCUCGGAGAUAAGCCACUCAGGAUCAAUGGGGUCAAAGUUUACACUGAUAACGUGGACAAACGGCAGAUCAUCAUGGACCUCCAGAUCAGCUAUGUUGGAAAUACUGAAAUCGAUGUGGAUGUCAAAAGGUACUACUGUAGAGCAGGGAUCAAAAGUAUACAGCUGCAUGGAGUGCUGCGGGUGAUUCUUGAGCCACUUCUGGGGAACAUGCCACUUGUUGGUGCUCUCUCUCUCUUCUUCCUCAAGAAACCACUAUUAGACAUAAACUGGACAGGCCUCACAAACAUAUUGGACAUUCCGGGUCUUAAUGGCUUCUCCGACCACAUGAUUCAGGAUAUUAUCAGCAGUUACAUGGUGCUGCCCAACAGAAUCACUGUACCACUGAUAGGUGAGGUCAAACUGGAACAGCUCCGCUUUCCCAUGCCAAAGGGUGUUCUAAGGAUUAAUUUCCUCGAAGCACAAAAUCUAGAAGCUAAGGACACAUAUUUAGGAGGUCUAAUAAGGCGUAAAUCUGAUCCAUAUGGCAGGCUGCUGGUCUGCAACCAGUACUUCAGAAGCAAGACCAUCAAAGAAUGUCUGCAACCCAAAUGGAACGAGGUGUAUGAGGCACUAGUUUAUGAACAUUCAGGACAACAUCUGGAAAUUGAGCUUUUUGAUGCAGACCCUGAUAAAGAUGACUUCUUGGGCAGCCUAAUGAUCAACUUGAGUGAGCUUUAUAAGGAACAGAAGGUUGAUAAGUGGUUUGACUUGGAAGAGGUUGCUACAGGCAAGCUUCAUCUGAGAUUAGAGUGGCUUUCAUUGUAUCCAAGUGCUGAGAAACUAGAUCAAGUUCUGAGGACCAUAAGGACGAAUGACAAUCUCUCCUCAGCUCUUCUAGUUGUUUACCUGGAUUCUGCCAGAAAUUUGCCAAGGGUCUUUGAGGGCAGCUUUGGCUGUGGAAACCUGAAGGAGAGGAGGGCAUCUGGUCUGGUCUUUUGUGAGAACUCUGAAUCUCUCUGUAGAACUUUACUUAUAAGUCCUCUUGACUUUAACCCUGAUGGCCCCAAACCCCCUUAUAAAGGCCUGAAGUCUGGGAAGAAAGUGAGCAUAGAUCCAGACCCUUUUGUCAAACUGACUGUUGGACAAACGACACACACAAGCAAGGUGAGAUAUAAAACAAGUGAGCCACUGUGGGAGGAUGCUUUUUCCUUCCUCAUCAACAACCCCCGCACUCAGGAACUGGAAGUUGAGGUGAUGGACAGUAAGCUAAAGUGCACCCUGGGUAUCUUGCGGGUAGCACUUGCCUCUCUGCUGCAGGAGGUGGACAUGACACUGAAUCAGCAUUUCCCCCUGCAGAACUCUGGCCCCAGGAGCACCCUCAAACUGAAAAUGGCUCUCAGGGUUCUCUCUUUGGAGGAGGUGGUAACAUCCAGUCAACCAUCAUCCGUCCGAGUCCAACACACUAGUCAAAAUGGCAGUUCACAAUCUCAGACAGCCAGCACUACCACCAGCGACUCCACACCCACAGUCAUCCAGCCCCCUCCACCCGACACACCUCAGGGGAAACGGGGAUCAGACGGCUCCCCUGUGCGCCUGGCGGAGGCACGUCACAGCGUUUCCAGUCUGGGGAUAAGCAGCCCUCACAGAGACUCGACGCACAGUCUGGCCUCUGACAUUUCAUUGCCCUGUGCCACACAGGAAUUACAGCAGAGAUUACAGAAACUGCAAAACGGUUCUGGGCUGAGUCAGUAUCCACUCGGUGAAGUUCAGCUUACUGUCAGACACAGCUUACAAAGGAACAAGCUCAUUGUAGUGGUUCAUGCCUGCCGAAACCUCAUAGCACUGACCAAAGAUGGCUCGGAUCCAUACAUCCGCCUGUACCUGUUACCAGACAAGAGCCGGAGUGGCCGCAGAAAAACCAGCGUGUUCAAGAAGACACUCAACCCUGUUUAUGACCAAUCAUUUGAGUUUAGUGUGUCUAUAGUGGAACUGCACAGGAGAACUCUGGAUGUCGCUGUAAAGAACGGAGGUGGACUUCUGUCCAAACCCAAAGUACUGCUGGGCAAGGCACUUGUGGAUUUGGGAAGGGAAGACAUUUCUAAGGGAUGGACUCGAUGGUAUAAUCUGACUGAGGAUGGAUCAAAGAAAACAAUUUAGAUGUAGUGGUCCAUAUUUGAAAGCAGGGGAAAAAAACAUUGAAACGGUGGAUAACUGGGACACCAGUAUGUCUGCACAAGAGGAUCUACAGCUGUGGAGAAGCAUUCAGUUAGCAGAAGAGCAGUGUUUAGCUAACUAAACCAGGCUACAUCUACUGGGAUUCACAUUGGCCUAAAAAAUGUGUCUCUUAUUCUCAGCAAAGCUUCAAAUUGCCACCUAAAGCCUAAACCUCACUUCUCCGUUUAACCUCAUUUUCCCCACAGACAAAAAACCCCAAAUCAACUCCAUUUUUUCACCAUCUAUUCACUGCACACAUUGUUUCACUUUUACACUUUAACUAGAGAAUUUACUCUUGCCUAACUACAAAAUUCAAAAAACGAAAUAAUCCUUUGACUGACACCAAGUGACACUCAUUCCCACCUUGUCGGUAUCAAUUUUUAAAUACAUAUUACAAAAACAACAGUGUUAAGUUAUAGAAUGCUGAGUUUUUAAUGUUGUUGGAAAGUCAGAUAUGUUCUUGUAGCAUUUGUUUAAGGCAUUACAUACAACACAUGGCCAAAGAGGUGGUUUUGGGUCGCAUUUGCAAAUGUGGGUUGCAAAUGAAACACUUCACAUGUAUGUAUAUGCCAACUCUUCUUCCUAGGUUAUAUGCUGCUGUGAUUUUGACUUUUACCUUCACCUUACCAAAUCAAGGUACCUCUGUUUUUUAUCACCUAGACUAAUAGAAAUUCUUGUAGUUACGUUUAGCUCUUCAUACAAGUAUCCAUUGGUAAUACUUUAUUUUUAAAGUAUUUCACAUGUUUCCUAUUGCACAGCACACAAAUGCCUUUACAGAAAUGUUUGAUACACCUUUUGUUUGCAAGAGUUUGCAAGGAAGCAAAAAUGCAUAGUAUGUGAAAUGUGUACUAUAUGUGUUAUUAGUCUAUUCGCAAAGUGUUUUGUUUAGGAUUGUUUAAAAACUGUGAAAUGGCUGUUGAUGUGAUUUUUCAGCCUUAUUUUUCUCUGUGAAUUGCGCAUGAUAUUACUGAAAUAUGAAAUUUGACUUGAAACUGGAAACUCAUCAGUCAGUUUGGACCCUCUCAGUAUAAUUGUCUCAGUAUCGGAUCAUAUCAGAGACACUCUUAGAAAUUUGCAUGAGGAACUUCUGUCUCCAGGAUGUUUUUAGAUUUGUCAAUCUUUUUAUGCUGUUAAGGUCCAUUGUACUAUUUUAAGGCAAAACUGAAUGUUUUAUUAUUAACAAUUAAACAAUCAUAUUUAAUAUAUGACAAUUAUUAAUUAUAUCUCUUAAUACUGUUAUGUUUUUAUUAUAUGCUUUAUAACAGGUUGUUUGUUAAAGUA